AUGCUAAACACAGGUUCUGUGGUGCAACAAAAAGACUUCAACACGUGGUGUAUCAAAGUGAUCAAGGCUGACCAAAUGUUUUUUUUCUUUAUAAUUGAAAGGAACGAAUUGUGGAACAAUUUAAUGUUUGGAGUUGUAACUUUGGGUAUGCUUUGUAGCAAGAGACAAUCUAUCAGUUCCUGUGAUUCUGCUGUUUAUGAAGAAGCAUCUAGUGCCUCAAUUCUGUAA